AUGUACUACGGUGGUGUGGUUAUGUCGACCACACGAGUUUCGCGAGAAUCUCUCGGUAGGAUCAUGACGACGCCAUCGGGGCGGCAUAGCAAUGUCUUUUGGACCCGUGUAUUCCUAUUCGGUGCGUCCUGUAUUGCGGGUCUUAUCAUUGCACGCCGUCGCAAGCUUCGUCGAUUUCAUCUGCAUAUUUUAAACGAGAAAUCAGCGGACUGUGGUCGUCUUUUUGCACUUGAUAUUGGCGGUACAUUGGCCAAGAUGGUCUACUUCCAGUCAACGGACGGUGCGGUUGCAGCACAGCGACGACAUAUGGAGCGACGACUGAAUCGAUCGGAUGCACUGAAGGCUAAGGAGCAAAGGCGUGUGGAAGGCAGCUUGCCGCUUAUUGAUGGCUUCAUCAUGAGCCUUCAUACGACGGACGAGGCCCAGCGCGACGAGCAACUGGAGAUGUUUGUGCCAGAAUUGGGCGGCAGUAUCCACUUUAUCAACUUCCCGACAGCAAAAAUGGACGAGAUGACAGAUUUUGUGCGCCGUCGCUUCUUCCAUCGAUAUAUCAAAAAGAUCGCGUGUACCGGCGGCGGUGCCUUCAAGUUUUCUCCGCUGUUUGAGUCACGUCUGGGUAUUGAGCUCGAGAAAGCGGACGAGAUGGAUGCUCUCAUUCAGGGACUUAACUUUGUGCUACGGUACGCUCCAAAUGAGUGUUAUACCUUCAUCAAUGUUAUCCCAGACACGCAUGGAUUGGGGAGCGCGACGAAGAUAAUCUUGCCCAAGCCAGACAAGCACGACUUGUACCCGUUCUUGCUCGUGAAUAUCGGUUCAGGUGUAAGUAUUCUAAAAAUUACAGGCGAGUCGCAGUACGAGCGCGUGUCGGGGACGAGUCUGGGUGGUGGGACAUUCCUAGGGCUAUGCCGUGCACUCUCUAAAUUGCACACGUUCGAUGAAGCGAUGGAUGCCAGUGUUGAGGGAGACUCGCAUGCAGUGGACAUGACCGUGGGCGAUAUUUACGGUCCAGCCGGCUAUGAGCAAUUUCAGCUCAAUCCCAAUACAGUUGCCAGCAGCUUUGGCAAGGCCGGCGCGCGCCGUCUACUCCAUCCACCACGAGACGUUGACGUUGCACGCUCGCUGCUCUUCAUGAUCACGCAAAACCUAGGGCAGCUGGCAUUUUUGAACGCGCGUCAAGUGGAGACCAAGCGAAUUUAUUUCUCGGGCAACUUUUUGAGGCGCAAUGAGCUGGCGUGUCGACAACUGGCUUACGCCAUCAGCUUCUGGUCCAAGGGCGAAAUGCAGGCGCAGUUCUUCCACCACGAGGGCUUUUUUGGGGCGCUUGGAACGUUCGUUCAACGUUUUGACUCGCUCUCUGACACGCCGGGUGUAUGUGAGACGAAGGAAGAGCAGGAAAAUAACAGCGAGCAGAAGCUGACCAGAGCAGCGGCAACAGCGGAGACAUCCAAGCACAAAAAGCAGCCUGAUGUACAAAUGUGA